AUGAAACCUUUCGAGUGCCCAGCGUCUGGCUGUAGCGUCCGCUUCACUCGUUUCGGGUCAGGCAAGCGUCACAUCUGCACGUCGCACAAAGGUGCUGACGUUGCGGACCUUCUGCAAACGUUCAAGAAGAACAGCAAAGAGGUUGCCAUUGUGUACCCAUGCCCCGAGAACACAUGUACCCAGACCUUCAGCAGCAGACAGGCGCUCUCCAGGCACCAACUACGCGACCACGGAAAACAGAAGGCGCGUGGUCAUUUUCAGUGCCGGAGCGGUUGCGCAGAUGCUGCGUUUUGUACCGCGAAGGAACUCAUGCAGCAUGUUAUCACGGAUCACGACGCCUCAUGUUGUGUCGUGCGCUACUACGCCUCGUGGAGCAGGUUCGAGUCGUGCAUCGCCGCGGCAGAGUGUGACGACUUUGCCCUCGCCGAUUACGUCAAGCGUGACCACACCUGCUGCUUCCCACCAAAAGCUGCCGCGUGGGGCCUCGAACAUGUACAGGUGGAAGAAGAAUUCGUCCGGACGUGCUCUCGGCAUGGCAAUGAGCGACCAUAUCAGGGCACAAUCCGCGCUCACCGUGCAAAGGCGCCAAAACCUGUUGGGUGUUGUCCAGCAAUGAUGUGGGGGCAGGUCUGCAAAGGCGGGCGAGUGCGGGUGGUGAUGUUCAACUACCACUCACAUUCGAAGGACCUGCUGUGUGUUUUGUGUGUGUGUGUGUGUGUGUGUUCUCUGCCUUGCGUGUGCUUGUGUGUCAGUGCACGUUCUUACCGUCUUUGUCGUGCUUGCGUGACUAGCAUUUUCAAGCAAGCGCAUGUCUACAACGUUGCUCAGGAGUACGAGCCUGGGCGCUUUGAUGCGGAUGACGCCGCUUCUGUGUGGUACGCUGCACAAAUCUACAACAAGGAGGCUGGCGAGCACACCCCGGUCAUCACAGCCUUGAAGCUUCAAGGUCAGGAGGCGUUUGAGUUUGGCGGGCCCGAACAGCGCGCCUCAGGCGAUUUCCCGCAAGAGUCACUAUUCAUCCUUGUGCAGACUGAGUGGCAGCGACGCGUGCUCAAGCGUGGUGGUCGAAAGCGUCUAUGGAUGGGAAUACCUGUGGCGCACGCCAUUGUGAGUCACGAGACGAUCGGCGUCGUCGCACACUUUCUACGGAAAGCGGUUGCAGACCACGGUAUCACUCCAUCGGCCGUGAUCACGGAUAAGACGUUUGCCGAAGGUCGCGCCGUGGAUGAGGCACUUCCCAACUCUCGCUGGCUUCUUUGCCAGUUUCACGUGAAGCAAGCUUGGCUCAGACACUUCAGCUCCAGAUCCAAGGAUGGGCUCUCGCCGGUGAAGGACUUGGAGGAGCUCAUGAAGUGCUCAACCAUCCAAGAUUUCGAGCGCGGCAAGCGACUUUUCUCGGAGCGGUACAAGGAUGACCCAAAAGUGCUGGAUUAUUCAAGAAAGCAUUACUUUGAAUGGGCGCACCUGUGGGCUGACUACUGCAGGCGCCCCCAAGAUCCAACGACGAACAAUUAUAUCGAGUCCUUUCACCGCGUUCUCAAGGAACACCUUGACAGGAAAUCGGGGCGUGCUGACUACCUGCUGCGCCGCUUGCUCUCAUUCGCGGAGGAGCAAAGACAGAAGGUUCUACACGCUCAAGUCAAUGGAGUGGUUACGAAGGCACAACGCUGCGCGUCAUCGGCACUCAGCAUCGCUAAGCAAGCGGGUCCAAGUGUUGAUCGCACCAGUGACUUGUCGUUCACAGUGUCAUUCCCUGACAAGGACCCAAAGGCUGUCACCAUGAGAGCUGCGUUUACGUGCGAGUUCUGCUCCCGCGCUGACUGCAUCCACGUCUAUGAGUGCGUGUGUCCUGCGUACAAGGGCUCUCCCCCUGUAUGUAAGCACACGGCUGCGGUUUUCAUUCACACGACGGGCAGCACCGACCCAGCCACAUCAUUUCCCGUCGCUGCCCCAACGCCAGAACACAAACCAAGCCGGCACACAGGGCGAACCAAAGAUCGCGUGAAACAGCUCAUGCGCACCAUGUCGCGGCAGCUGGACGAAAUCACAGAAUACCCCUCGGGGAUUGGUCGUUGA